ACCGUGCCCCUAGCAAACUCCCAGCUCUUGCCUGACAAGUUACUGCCUAACCCGUGACUUAUUUUGGGAAUCCCUGACGCAUUUCUUUACCGUCCCUCAUUUCAGAGCACACCAUGCCGGCAGGGCUUGGAGGUGGUAUGUGCUGGGAAACUGACCAACAGUUCAGUCAGACUGAGUCACUUCAAGGAGGGGAGUGGAGACAGCAGUGGGUGCCAGAUGACACGGAGCUGUCGGCUUCCGUGUGCAUUUUCUUUUGACAGUAGCUGUAGAGAAGUUGUCAGCCAGGCAGCCCCCUAAUGGGAUUUUUCAUUUAAGAAAAAUCACUCUGCUUGUGCACUGAUGGAGAAAUGAACUACAAGAAGCAAGCCCUGAGGUCUGGAGGCAGGAAGCUACUGAAACCACCCAGGGAGUGAGUCAUAACUGGCGGCUGCUCUUGUGCCAAUGAGCCUCCCCAAUUCCUCCUGCCUCUUAGAAGACAAGAUGUGUGAGGGCAACAAGACCACUAUGGCCAGCCCCCAGCUGAUGCCCCUGGUGGUGGUCCUGAGCACCAUCUCCUUGGUCACAGUAGGGCUCAACCUGCUGGUGCUGUAUGCUGUACGGAGUGAGCGGAAGCUCCACACUGUGGGGAACCUGUACAUCGUCAGCCUCUCGGUGGCGGACCUGAUCGUGGGUGCCGUCGUCAUGCCUAUGAACAUCCUCUACCUGCUCAUGUCCAAGUGGUCACUGGGCCGUCCUCUCUGCCUCUUUUGGCUUUCCAUGGACUAUGUGGCCAGCACAGCAUCCAUUUUCAGUGUCUUCAUCCUGUGCAUUGAUCGCUACCGCUCUGUCCAGCAGCCCCUCAGGUACCUCAAGUAUCGUACCAAGACCCGAGCCUCGGCCACCAUUUUGGGGGCCUGGUUUCUCUCUUUUCUGUGGGUUAUUCCCAUUCUAGGGUGGAAUCACUUCAGGCAGCAGAUCUCGGUGCGCCGAGAGGACAAGUGUGAGACAGACUUCUAUGAUGUCACCUGGUUCAAGGUCAUGACUGCCAUCAUCAACUUCUACCUGCCCACCUUGCUCAUGCUCUGGUUCUAUGCCAAGAUCUACAAGGCCGUACAAAAACACUGCCAGCACCGGGAGCUCAUCAAUGGGUCCCUCCCUUCCUUCUCAGAAAUUAAGCUGAGGCCAGAGAACCCCAAGGGGGAUGCGAAGAAACCGGGGAAGGAGUCUCCCUGGGAGGUUCUGAAAAGGAAGCCAAAAGAUGCUGGUGGUGGAUCUGUCUUGAAGUCACCAUCCCAAACCCCCAAGGAGAUGAAAUCCCCAGUUGUCUUCAGCCAAGAGGACGAUGGAGAAGUGGACAAACUCCACUGCUUUCCACUUGAUAUUGUGCAGAUGCAGACUGUGGCAGAGGGGAGUAGCAGGGACUAUGUAGCCAUCAACCAGAGCCAUGGCCAGCUCAAGACAGAUGAGCAGGGCCUGAACACACAUGGGGCCAGCGAGAUAUCAGAGGAUCAGAUGUUAGGUGAUAGCCAGUCCUUCUCUCGAACAGACUCAGAUACCACCACAGAGACAGCACCAGGCAAAGGCAAAUUGAGGAGUGGGUCUAACACAGGCCUGGAUUACAUCAAGUUUACUUGGAAGAGGCUCCGCUCGCAUUCGAGACAGUAUGUAUCUGGGUUGCACAUGAACCGCGAAAGGAAGGCCGCCAAACAGUUGGGUUUUAUCAUGGCAGCCUUCAUCCUCUGCUGGAUCCCUUAUUUCAUCUUCUUCAUGGUCAUUGCCUUCUGCAAGAACUGUUGCAAUGAACAUUUGCACAUGUUCACCAUCUGGCUGGGCUACAUCAACUCCACACUGAACCCCCUCAUCUACCCCUUGUGCAAUGAGAACUUCAAGAAGACAUUCAAGAGAAUUCUGCAUAUUCGCUCCUAAGGGAGGCUCUGAGGGGAUGCAACAAAAUGAUCCUUAUGAUGUCCAACAAAGAAAUAGAGGACGAAGGCCUGUGUGUUGCCAGGCAGGCUCCUGGGCUUUCUGGAAUCCAAACCACAGUCUUAGGGGCUCGGUAGUUUGGAAAGUUCUUAGGCACCAUAGAAGAACAGCAGAUGGCGGUGAUCAGCAGAGAGAUUGAACUUUGAGGAGGAAGCAGAAUCUUUGCAAGAAAAUCAGACCUGUUUCUUGUAACUGGGUUCAAAAAGAAAAAAUAAUGAAAAUAAAAGAGAGAGAGAAUCAGACCUGGGUGGAACUCUCCUGCCCCUCAGGAACUAUGGGAGCCUCAGACUCAUUGUAAUUCAAGCUUUCCGAGUCAAAUGAUUGACAACUGAAGGGACACGUGGCUAGGGUUCCACUGGAGAAUUGAAAAGAACUCUUGAGCCCUCCUGGAAUGGAGCUGUAUAACUGUGCAGAGACUUUAUCCAUGCGAAUAGUUGCUGUCCCCUUCCAGGGGUCACCUUGAGAGGCAUGACAGCUGUUCCACAGGGGCUACCCCUUCUCAGAAAACUUCUCUUCUGAGCCUCUUUUACAGCUUUCUCCAGGACCAGUGUCUGAACCACCCUGGAAAUUCUGCCUUAUUAUUUCUUACUCAAACAUGUUUAGAGUGGAUAGAAAAUUAUGCAGCUUGCACACCCAUCGUCUUUAACCCCAAAUUUCCUUUGGCUGUUAAAAAAAGUGGUGGCAAAAGCCGUCUUCAAAAGAAAGAGAAAUGAAAUAUUUUUGAAUGGUUGCACGUUAAAAAUUAAAAGGAAUGGGGGCAGAAUGCCAUAUUUUUGAGGGCUGUACUAGGUUUAUCUCAUUUAAGCCCCACAACAUCCCACAGGAGGGUAAUUUUCUAACUCUAGUUUGCAGAGGAGCAAAUUGAGGUUCAGCAAGGUGAGAGAGGUACCCAAGGCCACACAGCUAGUUACAUGAGAAAGUUAGAAUACAAAUCCUCUGGGGUUUCAGCUUAUUGUAGCAUAUUUUCUCCGAAAGGCAAAAAUGUGCCCUUUUGGCCAGGCGUGGUAGCUCAAGCCUAGAAUCCCAGCAUGUUGGGAGGCCGAGGUGGGCAGAUCAUUUGAGGCCAGGAGUUCAAGACCAGUCUGGCCAAUAUGGAGAAACCUUGUCUCUACUAAAAAUACAAAAAUUAUCUGGGCAUGGUGGGGCAUGCCUGUAGUCCCAGUUACUUGGGAGGCCGAGGCACGAGAAUCGCUUGAACCCGGGAGGUGGAGGUUGCAGUGAGCCAAGAUCACGCCACUGCACUCCAGCCUGGGCAACAGAGCAAGACUCUGUCCCAAAAAACAUAAAUAAAUACAAUAUUUUAACAAUGUGCCCCCUUAAGUGUGCACAGAUACACAUACACAGUAUUCCCAAGAGUGGUGGCAGCUCAAAAUAAUGUUGAGUAGACGAACAGCUGACAUGGAGUUCCUGUGCACCUACAGAAGGUGAUGCUUUGAAGGAACCAAGUGCAUUUUUAUCUGUGAGUUCUGUUGUGUUUGUCAAAAAGUCAUUGUAAUCUUUCAUAGCCAUACCUGUUAAGCAAAAACUAGUAAAGACGUAGGAACAUAUAGUUUUACUUGGUGUUUAUGUUGCAAUCUGGUUGUUAUUUAUAUUUUAAAACUUGAUGCUAAACUAUAAUAUGUAUAGCAAAUGGAGUGCCUGUACAAGCUGAUAUUUUGUAUUUUGUGUUCCUCUUUGCAUGAUCUGUUAAAAUGAGAUAUUUUUACCUACCUAAAAUAUGAUGUUUAGGCUGGGCGUGGUGGCUCACACCUGUAAUCCCAGCACUUUGGGAGGCCGAGGCAGGCGGAUCACGAGGUCAGGAGAUCGAGACCAUCCCGGUUAACACCAUGAAACCCCGUCUCUACCAAAAAUAGAAAAAAAUUAGCCGGGCGUGGUGGCCAGCCGCCUAUAAUCCCAGCUACUCCAGAGGCUGAGGCAGGAGAAUGGCGUGAACCCGGGAGGCGGAGCUUGCAGUGAGCCGAGAUGGUGCCACUGCACUCCAGCCUGGGCGACAGAGCGAGACUCCGUUUCAAAAAAAAAAAAAAAAGAUGUUUAAAAGCAUACUGUAUGUGAUUUAUUUAUUUCUACCUUUCUAAGUCUCUUGGACUAAGAAGAUGUAUUGAAAUGUACCAUCAAAUGUUAACAAAGUUUGAUAUGGGGUUUCUCUUUGGUUUCUCGUCACAUUUGUAAGUGUCUUUUCAAAAGGAUUUACUUUUUAUAAAAAGCUUCAUUCUCA